GGGAGUAUAUGAUAAUGCUAAGUGGUUGCACGUGGUUCCACGCGCCACUUUUUCGUUGUGUAAUUUUUUCUCCUCCGUCUGCCGGAAAGUUCUGCUGUCACUCUUUAAUGGCUAGCUCUAUCCGAAUCGCCGUCGUCGGUGACGUUCAUGACGAUUGGAAUCUGGAAGAAGAUACCAAAGCUUUGCAACUUUUAAAGCCCGAUCUAGUGUUGUUCACAGGUGAUUUUGGCAAUGAGAAUGUUGAUGUAGUUAGAAGUAUUUCAAGACUUGAUUUUCCUAAAGCUGACCAUGAUGCCUGGAAUACCCAGAAGUUCUCUGUGCGGGAAAAGGAUGCUGUUCAACUUCAGCUUGAUCUCCUUGGUAAUGAGCAUGUUGGUUAUCAGAGGAUGGACUUCCCAAAUUUGAAAUUGAGCAUUGUAGGUGGAAGGCCCUUUUCUUGCGGUGGUCAGCAAUUAUUUCGCAAGAAACUUCUUAUUGCCCGAUAUAAUGUCUGUGACAUGGAUGGAAGCGCAAAGAGAAUUUAUGAAGCUGCCUCUGGAACUCCAGCAGAUAAUUCAGUUGUAUUUCUUGCUCAUAACGGCCCUACGGGUCUGGGUUCGAACAUGGAUGAUAUAUGUGGAAGGGAUUGGGUGCUCGGAGGAGGCGACCAUGGAGAUCCCGAUUUAGCGCAUGCAAUAUCUCAACUAAAAGAAACAACCAAGUUGUCGAUGAAGCUGGUUGUGUUUGGUCAUAUGCAUAAAGGGCUGGCUUACGGACAAAAUCUUCGAAAAAUGAUAGUGGUUGGGGAUGAUAACACUAUAUACCUCAACGGGGCCAUUGUACCGAGGACUAAAAGGAUCGGAAAAGCACAAGCCAAAGAUAAAACUUCAGCCACAACAUCUGAUCUUGAAGAAACCGUAAGGGCAUUCACCGUUGUUGAUAUCUUCGAUGGAGCUAUAGAGAAAAUUGCUGAAACAUGGAUUUCUGUCAUUGGAGACAAAGUCAAAAUCGAGGAUGAGAUUGCAUUAUUUAACAAGGCAAAUUAGAGUUCUCCAGACAAUGUACAUAUCACGAACUCUUAAUUUAAUCGCUUUUCGACGAGAAAAGGUAAUGUAUUUUGCUAAUUCUUAUACAAAUUAGCUUAUUAA